AUGGCAACGACGCGUGGAAUUGUUGGUGAUAUUAGGAUCAAAACAAAAACAGGCGAAACGUAUAUAGCUGCUUCGCAGCGUGCGGAUGGUAGCUGGCGAAAAGCACGGAGAGUAAAAGAUGGGUACAUACCUCAGGAGGAACAACCAAUAUAUGAAAGUCGAGGACUGCAACAAAGUAGGGAAUCCACUUAUCCUGUAGGAUGGUCACCGAUGGAAAAUACUAACAAGGUUAAGCUUGCAAAAGAUUAUAGAAAACAAUCCGACCCAUCAAUCAAACCAAAUAUACCCGUCAGUUCAAUAAAUAGACCAAAUGCGCCAAUAACCCCACAAGAUCAUACCGCAAAAAAAAUUCGAAAUUUAUACAAAAAACUUAAUGACAUCGAAGUGUUAGAGAAGAAACAUCCUUUUAAGAAAAAGAUUGAAAAUGGAGAACUGCUAAAACCAGAAAAAACGCAGUUAGAGAAAAUUUCUCGAAAGGAAGCCAUAGAAAAAGAAAUCAGGCAAUUGACCAUAGAACUCGAGAAACUAUGA